GAGAUCUCAAAAGUUGGCAUUUUUCAACCAAGCUCAGUAUUCAAUGUCACUGCUAUUGCUUUCUUGGGCAGUGUUAAGCUCUCUACUUCGGUACAUCAUUCAAGAGAAUUUGACAGGUCUAUAAUAAAGUCAGAGUGGCAUCAACAUAGUUGCUGUUUUCAGUAAACAUCUAUGUUUGUAAGUCCAGUGCCAGCUCCUAUCACUAGUUCACAUUUAAGGGAAUCUGGAAGCAGAGUUGUUGUCUCUGAUCCUGAUGAUGAGUUGGAAAAUGGUGUUGAGGAUGAUCACUUGCACUCAAUGGAGCUAAAUGACUUGAAGAUUGCUACUAUACCAAUGGGUACUGUUGCAAUAAUGCCAUCUUCAACACUGUUAUGGAGGUUCAAGCUGUUGUUAUUUUUCAUCUGGAGGUUCAGCUGUAGUAAGAUUGGAUGGGUUGCUGUGAUGAGAAUGAGUUUGGAUUGGGGGAUCUCUUUCUAUAUGAGGCAUUUUUUGUAAUACAAUCCUCUCUUUCUUGUGGUUAGUUGAGAUUUUUUGACACACACACAUUCACAUAUCUAUUAUUUGAAAUUCUAAAUGGUUUGUUAUUUUCUUUUUCUCCUUGAAGCCUUUUUUUUUUUUUUUUUUCUGGUUUUGAUAUUUCAGACUAUGAUGGUUUGGCUUUGGGGAGUCAAUUUUUGGGUUCAGUUGAAUGUCAAUUAUGCAAAGAUUUUUUAUCUUGAUCUGAAUCAUCUUACUCACAGAGAAAUAUAGAAGGUAGAGGAGACUUGUUCUUAUACAGCAUAUCAAUAUUCAACAUGAAUUUGGGAAUAUUAGGUGCUUUCAGAUCUGGAGCGUUUGGUUUGUAGAAUGGUCCAUUGGCAGGUAUGUUUUAUGUUUGUGAGACAGGCUUGAUUUAUAUCAAUAGAAUUAUGGACAAGGGACGUUUCAAAAUUGCAUACUUUCCCUAUCAUUUACAUUGACAAAUUAAAAAUAAAUGCUAGC